AUGAAUAGUGGCAAAACGUAUACGUAUUUAUCAUCACUUCCAUUCAUCCUCUCAAGGCAGUAUGACUAUGUUAUGAAGGCUGAGGAUGAUGUUUUCAUUAGGCUUUUGCCCUUGUCUUUGUCACUGAAGCCAUUGCUAAGACAAGAUUUAUAUUAUGGUUUUGUAAUUCCAUGCAAUAGCAUGAACCCAUACGUGGAUUACAUGUCAGGAAUGGGGUUUUUGUUAUCUUGGGACCUUGUUCAAUGGAUUGGAAGCUCUGAUAUACCUGCAAAUGAUACGUAUGGUCCCGAGUACCAGUUGGUUGGGAGAUGGUUGAAGUUGGGGAUUAAGGCAAAGAAUCAAUUUUCUGAUAAGCUGACCAUGUACGAUUAUCCUGGAACAAAUGGAAGGUGCUCGCAUGAACUCAUACCUGAAACUGUCGCAAUUCAUUGGCUCAAGAGAUGGGAUCAAUGGAGAAAUGUACUUCUAUACUUCAAUGUAACUAAAGGACUUCAUAUCUCCAGCACGUGA